GUUUACACGUAAUGAGUAAUCCGCCAUUCUCCAACAUGUGAACGAUGGUGUAUAAUUUAAUCCAAUGACAUAUGAAUUUGCUUCUCUCGGAUCUUAAUUUCGAUUUUAAACAGUAGGCAUGGCAUCAGAGGCCGUAGUUAAAACUGUUGCCAAGAAGUUGAAGUACUACUUUGAUGUGAAGAGAUUGGAGGAUGGCUUUGAUCUCUCGGGAGUAAACAGUCCCCAACUUGAUCAUCCUCCCCUAAAAUCAAGGCCGACUCUUCAAUAUGAUGGCUUACAUGACAGGGCCCUCAAGCACUACUUCAGCCUACCAAAGGUCCGAGUCAAGCUCACUCAAAUGGAUCCGGGGGCAAGUGAGCCCAGGCAAAAGAUUGUCAAGAAGAAGCUUAAGCGCAACAUGAUAAAUUACCACUUCCUGCUUACACGAGACCCAGAUGUGGAGCCAUUGUCUGCUCUCUACAGACCUUCAAAAUCUGCGGGAGCAGGUACCCGGCCUUCCCCAUUACCAGAGUAUGCUUAUGCAGACACCAGAGAAGGGAGGCGACUGCGUAGAGAGAUGACUGGGUUUGGAAUUCUGAUGGAGUCUCAGAAACCCAAGGCCCUAAAAGGAGGCUGGCCCCUUCUAAGAAGUGUCCCGAGUCACAGUGUGCCCAAGUCAGAGGCCAAACGCCUGGUGGAUACAGCAGCCAAAGUCCUCAUUGCAACUGAAAAAACAAAGGAGGAUGAAGAGGAGGAGCCAAGAGGAAAGAGCCCCAAAAGACCCCAGUCUGCUCCCAGACCCUUUGAGGAUGUAUGUAGUGAAAUGCCCACUGUUUAUAUUAAGAGUUGGAGUGUGGUAAACCCCAUUGACAUGGCCACCACUCCUUUAAAGAAAGUUGAUCGAACAAAAUAUAGCUGGGAUAUUCAUGGUCGCCGUCAUAGAAAUUCCACGUACCGUUAUAAUGAUUCAUACCUGAGUGAUUCUUCGGACGGCAGGUCCGAGUCCCCUGUACAUAGCCCAGCUCCUCCCCCAGAAUCCCCUGAUACAGAGCCCAAGAAAGUACGACCCCGGUCAGCGAAGCGUAGACAGAGACAGAAGACAGUGAUCGAGGUCGACAGAGCACGACCAAAGGAGGAAGUUAGUGUAGACGAGGGAACUCAGACCAUGGAGAAUGGCAACCAGACGGACAGUCAGCUUCUGCGGCAGUACAACCAUUUAGAUGAGGAAGUAACUUCUGGAGACAGAGCGGAGUAUCAAAUUUACAUACGGACAGGAAACAGAAUUGGUGCAAGUACAAAAGCACAAGUUAAAAUCACAUUGUAUGGAGAGAAUGGCCGCACCAAAGAGAUUCCACUAGAUAAAUCAAAACGACACAAAGUCUGUUUUCAAAAGGGAAAGGAGGACAUAUUUAUAAUUGCUCAUCAUCAUGUUGGUAAAUUGCUAAAAGUGAAGAUAGGACAUGACAGAGCAGAUGCAAGUAACGCCUGGUUUUUGGAUUCAGUGGCGGUGUUUGACAUGCUCAGUAAGAAGAUUUACGAGUUUGUGUGUAAGCGCUGGCUGUCUGGAGUUGACGGAGAUCACAAGACGUACAGGGAUCUACUCGUGGACCGUGAACGGGCAUUUAUACAAGCACUGGAAGAGGAGAGUGAUAAAGAAAGCCAUAGUGACAGGUUGAGGAGGCGAUCUCCAUCCCCAGCCUCUCAGGGCAGUCUCCAUGAUGACCGCCUGAGUAUCAGGUCCAAUCAGGGAAGCUACUCGGACAGCAAGUCCAAGUCUGUUAGGGUGUCGCGACAGAGAGAUUACUCCGAAUCGGAUGACGACUCUGUGACCAGCGACUCCAGUAGUUCCUCGUCCUCGUCGUCAGAGACCGCCUAUACCACAACCACUACCACUACCACCACUGCCCAGAGGGAGAGGGACGAUCAGUUCUAUGAUGACUCCAGAGGGCCAACAAUCACACUCCGCUCAAUUAAGGAGAAGCGAGUCGAAUCAGACUCUGACCCACAGAGGAAGGCUGUCUCUGUGGAAUCUUCCUCACAGGAUGAUGGGAAGGAAUUUGUUCAUGGAUAUGAGACUGGUCUGAAGGCUGUUGAGGAAGAAAAAAGAAGACAAAGAGAUGAAGAAAAUGAAGAGAGGAGGAGGCUCUUAAGGGGGCCUACAAUACAUGAGGCUGCAGAGAGGGGCAAUCUAAAUCGCAUACAGGAGCUUCUCAAUCACUUCCCAGAGAUGAAAGAUCACACAAAUGAAGAAGGGCUGACUUCUCUUCAUCUUGCGGCCAAGUUUGGUCGAGUGGAGAUUGUGAAGUGGCUGGCCGUGAAUGAGGUCAACCUAAACAAGGAGACUCCACAGGGCUACUCCCCCAUCCACCUAACAGCCAUGAACGGCCACGUCAACUGUCUCAUGGUCCUUCAUGCAAUGGGAGCUGUUAUAACAUGCAGAACUCUAGACAAGAAAACACCUCUACACUUAGCCGCUAUGAAUGGCCAUAUUGAAUGUGUGAAGUGGCUGGUUGCUAACAGAAGCAGUUUGUCCGUCAAAGAUGACAUGGGGCGAACACCUAGAGAAAUCGCCGAGGAGUUCCACCAUGAAGAUGUUGUCAAGUUCCUGAAGGCUUGUGAAGAAGAAUUAGAUAAUCCUUCCAGUGGAUUUGCACAGCUUAGAAAUCCCGCUGGGAAAGGUCUGCCCACAAUAGAGGAGGAUUCCAACAGCGAGGACAAACCAAUUUGGCAGGAUGAUAAGAAACCAGGACAGGAUGACGAACAUUCUCACUCUAGUCAAAAAGAAAAAGAGGAGAAGAAGCGAUUGUAUGAAGACACCCACCGCAAGAUGGAGAAGAGCGGGGACUCGUUCCUAGAGAGCAUUCAGCAUGAGUUUGAGGGAGGACCUGGUCCAUAGCGACCCCAGACGUGACCAAGAGUUAGACGAUAUAAAGCUUGUCCUGUGAUAUUGUAGACUUGCUAGCUUUGACUAUUUGAGAGUGAUGAAAUACAAAUAAGUAAUGUGGUAGCCUAGCUGGGAGAGACUAUUCAAAAUGCAAUAAAGGGAAUUAAUUUUGUAUAAAAAAUUGUUAAAGUGUCGAUUCCACAAGGGCAUUGACUGUUCAUUUGGUAAAAAGUGGAAAUUGUUUUCACAAAAUUCUUUUUAUAUCACCGAUUUGCAAAGUGUAUGUAGAGGUUUUGAAUCACUCUUUAGGAAACAAUUAAGCAGGUGUUUUCAAGUUUUUCAGUAUUGUUGACACUUUCUGCCAAUUAAGAGAAUAUUCUGAAAUUAUUAACAAUAUACAGCUGUGUGUGAUGUGCAUUGUCAGCACAUAUCUUAAUCUGUCUAUGAUGAAUUAUUGUCCGUCCAUUCUGAAAGAUUUUUCUUGUGCUGAUCUGGAAGGGAGUGGGGUCUAGACCCCCCCCCCCCCCCCCCUUUGGAAAAUUCAAAUUUCUUAAAUUUUCAAAGUAAUAAUAUGGAAAUUCUUCUGGGUUCGCACAUGUUGUCCUCAUUUCAUUUUGGUGAUAUUCACAGUCUAAAGGAGUCUGUUGUAGGUAUUUAAAUAUAAUUGGAAUGAGAUAAAGUUGUUGUCAACCUAGCAAUGAUUUUGAAAAACAUUACCAAAAUGGUAUGUACAUUUAAAAAAAAAAUAUUACAAAUAUUAUUGCUUUUAAUAGGCUGCAUAGUUACUGUUUGGUUUUAAAAUGUAUAUUAUGUUUCUUGUAAUAAGAUAUCAUGUCCUCAUAUUGUUUGUAUAUUUGAAAAAAAAUGAUGAAAGCAAUCAUUUCUUCUUUUGUUUAUACUUGUAAUGCUUUAAUAAUUGUACCACCAUUUUUUUAAUUUAAAUUAUUUUAUCAGUACAGUUGAGAUAGUUAUAAGUUUAGAUGCUUGUUAUUUAUUAUUCAGAGUUUCUUUGUUAGUUUUAACUCUUUUUGAAUCCAUAUGAAGUCAGCAUUGUGCUAUAUCUAACACCUGGGGUAAUUAUUAUGUUUUGUUAUGUAGAUGCCAUUGUGAUAUUGUUAACUGUUUCAGACUGUUUUCAGUACAUUUUAAAUUAACUAGGUAUUUUCAGUAAUGCUUUAUUAAAGUAUUUUACACAGAA